AUGUCGGCCUCACGAGCACCCCUCUUCGACAAGACCCGCGCCCUGGGCGAGACCGCUCGCCCGCGCCGGCCCCGCGUGAUCGUCACAGGCGGCUCGGGGAAGCUCGGCCGCGCCGUGGUCGGCCUACUCUCAGAGUCGUGGGAGGUCAUCUCCGUGGACAUCAGGCGGCCACCGAUGGCGUCCGAGGACGGCAAGUCCGGGCUGGGCGGGGCGUACCGGCUGGUGGAGGUAGACCUGGAGGACAUGGGCGCGGUCAUGGAGACGUUCAUCUCGACAGACAUGGCAUACGGCAGCGUAGGCGGGCCCGCCAUCGACGCGGUCGUGCACCUCGCCGCGCUGCCGAGCCCCGGGCAGACCAACUCGAGCCGGCAGUUCCGCACCAACACGAUGAGCACGUACAACGUGCUCGAGGCGGCGCGGAAGCUCGGCGUGCGCAACGUCGUCCUCGCGUCCAGCGAGACGCUCAUCGGCAUCCCGCUCGCCGAGGACGGGUGCGGCCACGAGCCCUCCAGCUUGCCCAUCACCGAGGAGCACGAGCGGCGCCCCGAGAGCGCGUACUCGCUCAGCAAGCUCGUCGGCGAGGUCCUCGCCGAGCAGUACGUGCGCUGGGACCCGGAGCUGAAGAUCGUGUCGCUGCGGUUCAGUAAUGUUAUGAGCCCCGUCGACUAUGCCGACUUCGAGGAGUGGCAGGACGACCCGGCCAAGAGGAGCUGGAACGCGUGGGGGUAUAUCGAUGCGCGGGACGGCGCGCAGGCUGUUGCGAAGAGUCUUGAGGCGUCGAAGACGGGUCAUCACCAGUAUCUUAUUGCUGCGUCUGAUACGUGCAUGCGGAUGAAGAAUGACGAGCUGGUCAAGGCUUCUUUCCCGAAUAUCAAGUAUACACCGACGUCGGGCCCAAGGGACUCAUUGUUGAGCAUUGACAAGGCGAAGAAGGAGUUGGGAUAUGAUCCCAAGUUUACGUGGGAGGGCCAGGUCAAGAAGCCGGCGGGUGCUGGUACAGCGGUUGGCGAUCAUGUCGCGUGA